CCAAAGUAAGUCGUUGCGUUCAGACGUUUGUGUCGUCUGCGUGUGACACAUUCAAAUUAAAAAGCCACUUUUUUGAACUCAACAUCAUUUUCAUCAUUUCAUCUCCUAUCUCUUCAUAUCUUUUUGGAGAUAUACAAUUUCUAUUUUUGGAGAGCGGAAAAAAUUUCAACAGACAAAAGUGAAAUAUUCCGGUUAAUUUUAUUUUUCGUGCUGUUGAAUUCGUGAUUAUGCUCAAUUUUUAAGUGAAUAUUUGUUUUAUCAGCCAACGGAAAAUUUAAAAAAUCAACAUUUAAUCACCAUCAUCUGCACGCCACAAUCUCAUGCUGUGCUCGUAAAUUAAUAACACGCGCAAUACAGAUAUAGUUUAUGGAUUUAUGUAAAUAAAUAAGUGCAAAAAAAACAACAACAACAAAAAACAAAAUUGGAUAUACAUUAAAAUAUCGUUACUGUGUGCAACAUUUAAAAUUUGAAAAAUUCUGUCUCUGGAAAUAAAUGUGAGAAAAAAAUGCAGAGAAUUUAAAAUAUAAUACGGCUUAUUUUAAAAUAAACACUGUUCAUUCAUCUGGUGCAAAAAUUAUUGGUGACAGAAUAAAAAAACCUGACUGACUGUUAACCGUUAGACCUUUCAAUCCAAAGAGACUUUAUUUCGGGAUUUUCGAUUUGUGAGCGAAACGACCACGAAAAACUACAGUUGUUGAGAAGUACAUAUGGAUUUUUUGUUUUAGAACCGAUCGCAUUAAACGCAACGACACAUUGUGUUUGGAGAAAUCUGUCGAAAAAACAAACACAACUUAAAUAUACAUUAUAUUAAAGUCGACAUUUCACCAAAUGAAAAAAAAAACUGCCAUCGUUUUUCAUCGCAGAAUUUCAGUGAUUUCUGGACGUUGUGAACUCACAAACAUGCAUACACAUAAUUCUAAGAUUCAGAUGGUAAUAACAAUAAUAACAUAAAUAUUCAAAGUUUUCGGUGAUUCAAAAAGGGAGAAACGAAAGUCAAAUAAAUCACUUGAAGUGAAACCAACCAAGUUUAGUGCACAAUUUAUAUCUCGUGUCAACUGAACGCUCAAAUAGAAAUAUUCGCAAGCGAAAGUCGAAAGUAAAGCCAGAGAACGAAAAAAGAAAGAAAUAGAAAAAAAGAAACCGCACACGCAUAUUCUGAACCGCUAUCAAGAGUCGCAAAGAACCUUUUUUUGCUUCUUUGUGUUUGUGUCGAAAGUAAAAGCAAGUGGUGCUUGUUUGGCGAAAAAAGCAAACGUUGAAUCGGUGUGAAAAAUUCUUCUUUCUUUCUUCGGUGAAGUUGACACCCUUGAAAUACAAAUCGAAAGAGAAGACGCUGCCCUCCAAUUCGAUAACAAAUUUGUUCGCAUCAAUUUCGAUUUAUCGAAUUUUACCCGGUUGAAUUGGUGUGAACAAAAAAGUGUCAGAAUUUUAAUCUAUGAAAAUUGGUGUGAUAAGGAUAAGAAAUUGCUCUCGAACGUGUUAGCAUCCUUUUUCCGCUAGAACCGUAUCCAAGCAUAACCACCCUCUUGUGUUUGUUAUUAUUGUUCGUGGCCAAAAAGAGAGAGUAGAUACAGUGCGGUGGUGAGGUGACAGUGUGUAACCAAUUUUUGUGAUAAAAAUGAUGAUGGAUUGAAUUUGUGUGCCGAAGACUCUGACGAUGAUGAUGCUUGUUAUUCCAUUUGUUAAAUAAAUAUUGAUACAAAGCAAUUAGUGUUUACACAGUAAUUGUGGAAAUUUUUUGCUUUACACUGUGUCAAUCGGCUCAACAGUCGACCGUUCUCGAAAAUCGAACAAAGUAUGAUAUAUAGCAAAGGAAAAAGAAGAAGAAUAACAUUUUUACCGACACCCAUGUAGAAAGAUAUAUAGAAAGAAAAAAAAAAAACAUUCAAUUGGAUUUCCGUUCUUUCAAUACUGCAAACAUCAACAGAAAUUUUUGCUUCGCCCCAGCUGACGAACAGAAACAAAUAGCACACAAGAAAUGAACAAACAAAAAUAUAAAAGAAUCCAACGUUAAACAUAGCAAAUAAAAGAAAAUGUGAAGUGAAAUCAUAAAACACCAGAAAAGGCAGGAAGAAAAGAAAAAAGAAAAAAACAGACCGCGUGAAAGAGAGAAAGACGUGAAGUCACAAACACGUCAAAUGAAUGUCGCAUCGCAUUUAGAUCGUGUACACACCAUUUUACAUGCACAAUCUUAAUCCCAACGUCUAACAUUUAUUUAGGUAAAUGAAUAUCGCACAAGAGUGUGACAACCAUUUCAAGAGAAAGUGACACACACACACCACGAGUAUUUUGAUACCGUUCUUAUUCUAUUGUGCUUAGUGACACGGCAUAGAGAGGGGACACAGAACACUUACCUUGCAUGAAUAGGAGAAGUAAUAAAAUAAAAAUAUAACGAAAGAGAGAGAGAAAUAUAAACGAACAAGCGGAACGUUGAAAAAAGAAUGUUUGCUGUUUAUCAAAAGAAAUAAGUGAAGUUGAAGUGAUAAUCCAAAGUACACAUAACGCACCCAAAAGAAACCACCAUCAAUCCCGUAUAAAUGAGAGCAAAUUCCGUUUAUUACAAGUAAGUGUGUGUGCGUGCGUGUUUGUAUGUUUGUCCAUUCGCGCGCGACAGAAUAGCCCAACAAUUGCACUUAGUUCUAGGUGUCGUAAAUGGUGCGACGUGCAUUUUAACGAGAACAAAAAACAAUAACAAAUAAAUAAAAACCAAGCAGAACGAAAAUCCGAUUAAAAUCAAUACAAUCUGGAUUAUCUAAUGAACAAACAAUACAAGCGAAACGAAACAGUCCAACAUCAGCCACGAAUGAAUUUCGCUCGAGUGCUUACCAUUCUUAUCCGCACGCUCUAAAUAAUAUUCCUUGACUCAAGUGCGUCUCGAGCAGAGAGCAACGUAUUGCUUUUUGUGGUACUAGUAUUGCAAUAUACAACAACAACAACAACACACACGUAUACUCAUUUUGGCACUUCCAGUUCAUACCAAAAGCGUAAACUGACCGACUACACACUGAGCUUCAGCAUGAAUAAAGGUCACUUUGCCCGUGAGCAAAUUGCUCAGCUGUACAGCUGAAUCGGAGCCGUAAACAAGUCGAUGAUACACGUAUAGCCGGGAAAAUUGGUUGGCUUCCAUAUCCAAGUAAAGAAGGCAAAUUGCUGGCACACGAUUGGAUGCGAAUAACUUCAAUUGAACAGAAUAAUAAACGCAAACAAGAUCAUUCGUCAACAGAAAAUACCGAAGAACUUCCGGAACGAAAUCAUGCUUCAUUUAUUAUUCUUAUUUGAAUCGACAAUUUCCACAAGCCAAUCGAUUCCAAUGCAAAUUGAACCACCAGAAACAUUAUCCCAAUCAACAAUAGCUAUAUUUGUUGAAACAGCCAAAACUUUUGGCAUAUUAAAUGCUGCCAAUCGAAUUAAUUCAUCGGACAUCAAUGCAAUCGACCAAAUUUUCGUAUAAAUUACAUUUAACGUGAAAGACAAAUACAAAAUUCUCGGGAGGAAAAAGGAAGAAAGAAAAAUAAAAACAUUUUCAACAAUCUAUAUAUACACAUACUACACUUUUGCAAUCGUAAUCAUAAUCCGAAGGUUAUCUAAAAGUUAGAAAUUGUAAUAAGGCAUCAAGCAAAAAGAGACUAAGUCAAAUCACGCUCUGAAUGUCUAAUGAAUGAACACACAUACACACAGCGAGAGAGACAGAGUAAAUUAAUACAAAUCAAGCUAAAUUAUUCCAAUUACAUAAAUAAUAAUAUACAUAGCUAACUAACUAUACACAGCAUACACGUAUAAUAUUGCAAAGCCAUAUAUAAAAUUUGAUGUAAAACAUUUUCGCUUUAUUCAAAUGUUUUUCAUGUGACUGUGUAAAUGUGUGUGUUUGAACAUCCAUAUUGAAUGUGAUAGAUCUAAUCGUUUAGCUUAUUAAAAACAACAACAACAACAACAAAAAACCAAUAAACAUAACUCAUAAGACUAGAGCCAAUCAUUUUAAUCGCGUAGAUUUUAGUGCAAAAACCAUCGAAUCGGUAGCAAGCACACGGAAGGAACACCACAAUUGAUUUUAAACAUUGAAUCGAGAGACAUUUACGAGACACACACACGUUUUUAGGAUGGCCAUUUCGGUGCGAACUAACGUCAUGUUCACAUUAUCGGUUUUAAUUCUAUGCGGAACAUAUUACUUUGCGUCCGCAUCGCAGCGUGAUUCAUCCAGCUCAAAAGAUAAUAAUCCCGGUGCAUAUGGUUCCAAGCAAAAUGCCCUCGAUUUGGACGCAUUCAAAGUGGGACCGUAUUUUGAUAAAGCGGCCUCGAAAAAUGUCACCGCACUUUUGGGAAAAACAGCCUACUUAAAUUGCCGAGUGAAGAAUUUAGGAAAUAAAACGUCAUUGCUUCAAGUAUCAUGGGUGCGUCACCGUGACAUUCAUUUGCUGACGGUCGGACGCUAUACAUACACAUCGGAUCAACGUUUUCGUGCCAUACAUCAUCCGCACUCCGAGGAUUGGAUACUGCAAAUAAAGUAUCCGCAACAUCGAGAUUCUGGCAUUUAUGAAUGUCAGGUUUCAACAACGCCACACAUGUCGCAUUACAUUCACUUGAAUGUCAUCGAACCAUCGACCGAAAUUGUUGGAGCACCCGAUUUGUACAUCGAAAGCGGGUCAACCAUAAAUUUGACCUGCAUUAUUGAGGAUUCACCUGAACCACCAGCGUAUAUAUUCUGGAAUCAUAAUAAUGCCAUUGUGACAUAUGAUUCACCCCGUGGCGGUAUACGAGUGACAACGAGGAAAGAUGAAGCAUCCACAUCAUUUUUGCUAAUUGAAAAUGCCCAACCAUCGGAUUCUGGAGUGUAUCAAUGUAACCCAUCCAAUGCCAAAAGUAAAAGUGUUACAGUGCAUGUGCUAAACGGCGUUUCUCACUCUGUUUCCAGGGAAAACCCUAACAGCAAUGCAGUCCGGGGAUCGUCUUCAUCAUCAGCGAGGAACAAAUUAUCAUCUAUUAGUUUUUAUUUACUUCUUACAAUACUCAUCAAUAUUAUAUUCAUCCAGUGCAAUUUCUGGUUUAAAUUAUUCGAAUGGCGUCGAUAUGUAAUUGAGACGAUUGAUUUGAUUAUGGCACAAAUGCAAGCGCCAAUGGAGCAACAGCCAGAGUCGCCGCCACCGCCGUCAUCACUACCAUUAACAACAAUCAUUCUAGAUCGAUUUUCUACGAUGCAAUAUUUUUGGUUUCGCAUUCGGCAUUUAUUUCAGUGGUCUCAAUUCAUUUCGUUCAAUUUAUUGAUGCAUUUAGUGCAAUUAUUUAUUCGAAAUAUUCAUUUUAAUUGCACAUUGGUUGCAUAUGCCAUGACGACCACCACCACCACCGCCGCCGCCGUUGCUGCAGCAGCAGUGGCAGCUGCGACACAGCCAAUCAUACCGAAUGCAAAUGCAAUCACCCAAUUGCAAACUGCAUUAUUUAUCAAAAAUGAUGCAACAAUGGAUAAUUUCACUGGCAUUAUCGAUCAUGACAUGAAUUUAGACCACAAAUUGUUCUGUAGAGAUGCAGCUAAUCGACAAACAAUGAUCCAAAACAAACAAACUGAUCAACUGUAAAUUGAGUUUUUAUAUGUCAAUGUAAAUGUAAAAUAAAAUUAUAUAAAGAUACAACAACAACAACAACAACAAAAAUUACUCUACUGUGUAUAGAAUGACGACGGAUUAUUAGAUAACAAAUGUUUUAGGAUGCAAAUGCGGUGAUUAUGAUUAUGAAUGAGUUGAUGAGAAGUAAAAAAAGAAAAAAAUUUGAUCGAGGUAACACACCAAUUGCUUGUGUGUGAAAUGCUGUUUUAAAGAAUUAUUGUAAUGUUAAAAACCAACAAACGGAGAAAAAAAACCCAUGCUACAUGCAUACUUGAAAAACAAAUACAACUAAAUAAAUUAAAAUAAAAUACAAAAGAAAUAAAAAAAGAAGAAAAAUUAUAAGUUCAUUCUAGGUAAGCAAACAGACAGAAAGAACGUUCACACAUGAAGAGAGAGAGACAGAGAAAAAAUUAAGUAAAUUUAUUUAAUGAAUUUGUUGAUUUAAUUCAAAAGAAACAGAAAUUUAAAGAAAGAAAUGGAGAGAAAAAUGAAACUAUGAAAUAAAUAUAUAUUAAACUGUAUGAAUAAA